AUGGAAGUGUCAGGGCGUCGGUCAGGAAAUGAUGACAACAUCUCGCAAGGACUAGUAUGCCAUCCCUGCCAAGAAGACGGUGUUACACAACAGGCUCGUGGAUAUUGCAUAAACUGCAAAGAAUAUUUGUGUGAGACGUGUUACAAAUAUCAUCGUAGACCAAAACCUUACAAGGAUCAUGUUCUUGUUGAUGAAGAUAUUGAUACAUACCAGCAAGAUAGGAAGGCUUUACAACUAUCGGAGGAAUCAUACGAGUCGGCGUUGUCUGCCAUCAAAACACAGAAAUGCCAGAUAAAUAGAUAUUUUGAGGAAACCGAAAAACAUUUCGGCGAUAAGAUGUUGAGGUUUCGUGAGGAAAGCAAGAAACGAGAGAAGGAAACGCUCGGAAUUGACCAGAAACUAAAAGCUGUAAGAGUGUUUGGCCGUGAACGUCUGACCAUAGCUUAUAAACCUCAACAGCCACUGCAAGUAUUGGGAGAGGCGAUAGUUGAGGAACAAAAACGAGACGUAGGAACGAGGAAAUUGAAGCUUCUUAGAAAAGUGAACAUUGAUGGAGGGAAAGGAAAAUGCAGCAUAACAGAUAUGGCAAUGCUCCCAAACAAUAAAAUUUUAUUGAUACUUGCUGACCAGAUAAAUAGAAGGCUUAUAGUUAUAUCGGCGGAUUACAAUGUGACAUUUCAUCAACUCCCAUCAGAUCCUUGGGGAAUUGCCGAAAUAUCGGAUACAGAGAUAGCAGUUUCUUUACCUUUAGAUAAACAGGUACAAAUCAUUACUUUCAUUACUGUCAAGGAUGCUAUCUGUCAUAGCAAUCGAAAAUCGUUCAAAGUUUCAGGGCAACCGUUUGGGAUCAGAUAUCGUAAAUCUGACUGUUCUCUGGUCAUUGUUAUUCGCAAAGGCCAAACAUGUGUCCUAGAAUAUUGGUCUCUAGACGGAAACUAUCUUCGCACUGUCGCUUCAUACAACUACAGUAUUGACUAUAUAACUCUUACAGCUGAUGAGAAAAUAUUAUAUUCAUCAUCUGUAGAACACCUUGUCGGCUUGCUUGAGCCGGAUGGUACAGUGUUGAAAUCUUUUCAGUAUGUUGAUGACAAUAUGCUUGGCCCUUAUGGAAUUGCGUCUGAUGCGUUUGGAAAUAUCUAUGUUUGCGGACUAAAGCGUUUACGCGUCGUAUCAAAAGAAGGGAAAUGGGAACAAAUCAUUGCUCAGGAAGACGGAUAUGCUCCGCAGUCUGUGCUUUUAAGUGACAAAACGAAAAGACUUUUUGUUGGUCAAAGCAGAACGAGUAAAGGUAUACUAGUGUUUCAGAUUUGA